UUCUUUAAGCGAUGUGUAGCUUACCGACCGUGAUAGACGUGUUUUUGCUAUAUUAAUAUUUCUACAGCUACUGAAGGAGAAUAAAACUUCACAUUUAUAUACAUUGCUGCCACAUUUUUCGCCCACCUACGGCCUAUUGAUUGGACAAUUAUUAUUGUGUGAUCCCGAUUGUGGGAAUGGGGACAUGAUGGAGGACAAAGGACCUCGUGUAGCAGACUACUUUGUGGUUGCUGGCCUCACAGAUUCAUCGAAGCCCCUGGAAGAGGAGCUCCACUUUGAUGAUGCCUGCCACAGGUCCGCCAAGCCCAAAGCUCCCAUCACUGAUGUGGCUGUAGUGAUUCGCUCCAUGGGGGAGGAGGUGCCCCAGGGCUAUACCUGUGUGGAUGUCACCCCCUCCGGGCUCUCGGCAGAGCUGAACGGAGCCAGUCUCAGAGGCCCACAGAUCUUCCUCUGCUACAAGAGAGGCAAAGAUAAGCCACCUCUCACUGAUCUCGGAGUUCUGUAUGAGUGGAAGGAGAAACUGAAGUCUGGCUGUCACAUCGUUCAGACCACGCCCUCUGGUCGCCCGGCAAACAUAAGCAACUCCUCCUCCCAGCGCAUCUACAUCACCUACCGCCGUGUCUCCCAGAGCCAGCCACACACGUCAUUGACCGUCACAGAUGUUUGUGUCAUCGUUCCGGGCAAAGGGGAGACGCCCCCUCACACUUUCUGCAAGGUGGACAAGAACCUCAACAGCAGCAUGUGGGGGUCCUCUGUCUACCUGUGUUACAAGAAGUCUGUAGCUAAAACCAACACGAUUGCAUACAAAGCAGGUCUGCUAUGUAGAUACCCUAAGGAGGAUUAUGAGUCAUUCCCCCUGCCUGAGCCUGUGCCUUUGUUCUGUCUGCCCAUGGGGGCGACCAUGGAGUGCUGGCCAGCCCACACCAAACACUCCCUGCCUGUUUUUUCCACAUUCGUCCUGACUGGAGCCUCUGGAGAAAAGGUGUAUGGAGCUGCCAUCCAGUUCUACGAGCCCUACCCAGAGGAGAGUCUGACAGAGAGACAGCGCUCUCAGCUGGGUCUCCCAAGCACAGAACUCCGGCCGGAGGAUACCAAGACUGUUCACACCAACAAGAGCAUCUGCCUGCUGUCUCACUGGCCCUUCUUCGACUCCUUCAGGAGCUUUCUCACCUUCCUCUACCGCUACUCCAUCUCUGGACCACAUGCUCUGCCUAUCGAGAAGCACAUUUCUCACUUCAUGUACAAAGUCCCAUUUCCCUCCUCACAGAGACCCCGCAUCCUAGUUCAGCUGUCUCCACACGAUAGCCUUAUGCUGAGCCAGCCGGUCUCCUCUCCUCUACCCCUCAGCGGUGGUAGCCUCUCGACUCUGCUGAUGAACCUGGGUCCUAAAAACGCAGCCACCUUGCUGGUGCUGGCAGUCACAGAGCACAAAAUCCUGGUCCACUCCCUGCGCCCGGCCGUGCUGACCAGCGUCACAGAGGCCCUGGUGUCGAUGAUCUUCCCCUUCCACUGGCCGUGUCCCUACAUCCCCCUGUGCCCACUGGCCCUGGCAGACGUGCUUAGUGCCCCCUGUCCCUUCAUUGUGGGCGUGGACUCGCGCUACUUCGACCUCUACGUGCCCCCGGCUGACAUCAGCUGCGUUGACUUGGACACCAACACCAUCUCCUACAAAGACGACAAAAGGGCCAUGACGUGGAAGAUCCUUCCCAGGAGGGCCUGCAAGCAUCUCCUCAACACUCUCGGUAAACUCUAUCAGCAGCUGGUUGAUGUUGGCCAGCUGAACCGUGAGGAUGGCCACGCGGAGGACCAAGUUAUGACUGACAGGGAGCUCAGCAACGGAAAGAGCCUGCACACUCUGGAGCUGGAGAUCCAGGAGGCCUUCCUGCGCUUCAUGGCGGCCAUCUUGAGGGGCUACCGCUCCUACCUGCUCCCCAUCACCCAGGCCCCCUCGGAGAAGACCACAGACGCCAGCUCGCUCUUUGAUCUACAAGGAUUCCUGAAGAGCAGAGACCGAUCCCAUCAGAAGUUCUACUCCUUCAUGAUGAAGACUCAGAUGUUUAUCCGCUUCAUCGAGGAGUGUUCCUUCGUCAGUGAUAAAGACGCCAGUCUGGCUUUCUUCGACGAGUGUGUAGACAAGAUGGACAGCGAGCGGCCAGAGGACAGCAGACUCAUUGAGCUGGACGAGUCCCACCGCAGCGAACACACGGUCUACAUCAACCCCCCGGAGCUGCCCACCCCGCCCCCCGGACAGGAGCACCCUCUGUGCUAUAGCUAUGUCGGCUUCCCCGUGUUGAGGCCUGAGCUGCUAGACCCCCUGGAGGGGCCUGACCCCCCCACCAUGAACACAGCCUCCCGGCACGGCAGCCCCGCCAGCCCCACGGCCAUCUUCAGACGCUCCAAACAGGAGAUCAAAUCAGCCCAGCGGAUGGCCAAGACCUACUCGUCCAUGCCCCAGAUGUGGUCCAAGUGUCUGCUGCGCCACUGCUACGGCCUGUGGUUCAUCUGCCUGCCCGCCUACGUCAACGCCUGCCACUCCAAGGUGCGGGCGCUGCGCCUGGCCUACGACGUGCUGCGCAGGAUGCAGGAGCGCCGGCUGCAGGCCCCUGACGAGGUGUGUUACCGCGUGCUGAUGCAGCUGUGCGGACAGUACGGGCAGCCUGUGUUGGCUGUACGGGUUCUUUUUGAGAUGAAGAAAGCGGGGGUUCACCCCAACGCCAUCACAUAUGGUUAUUACAACAAGGCGGUGUUGGAGAGCACAUGGCCCUCCAGCACCAGAGGAGGCUACUUCCUGUGGGGAAAGCUGAGGAACGUGGUCCUGGGGGUGGUCCAGUUCAAGCAGGUGGGCAGGAAGCCCCAGUCCCAGCUCCGAGAUCCCCACCUCUCAGACUGCAGUGAUCUGGACACGGUGAGCCACGGAAGUGUGGACAGCGCUAACGACUCAGCUGAGCGAGCCUCCAUCGACACCGACUUCACCAAGAUGGACUCCAGCGAUGAUGGCUCAAGCACAGGUGGCCAGUCAGACCAAGGCUAUGACUCACUGUCCAAAGAGGAGGAGGAGAGGCUGGGGAGCAGAGAGCGAGGCAGCACCCCAGCUGCGGAGGACAAGGAGGAGGCUUUGCCAGAGAGGGAGGGCAUGGUUUCUCAGCAGGUCCCAACAGACUCUAAGGAUUCCUGUGGACCCCUACCAAAGAAGAGGCCCAACUCCCUGAACCUGUUUGGGGGACAGGGAGCUCCCAGGUCCAGGACUGCUAAGCAGUGCCCCCUAGCUGCAGACAGCAGACUAGGCCGUGCAGAGGCAACAAGCCCCACCACUACCACUGCCAGCCCCACCGCUGAGGAGCAGAGGAAGUCCGCCUCAGAGCUAGGAGAGGCAGAGGGCAGCGGGAACAGACAGAAGCCUGCAGUGGAGAGAAGCCUGAGCUGCACCGGUGCUGUGGUGAAGCCUGACGGGGCGUCCAUCGAGAGAAGCAUGAGCUGCACCGGUGCUGUGGUGAAGCCUGACGGGGCGUCCAUCGAGAGAAGCAUGAGCUGCACCGGUGCUGUGGUGAAGCCUGACGGGGCAUCCAUCGAGAGAAGCCUGAGCUGCACCGGUGGGCCAGUGGCGAGGACGGGCGUCCAGACCGGCUCCGACCCUCUGUCCCUGCUGGCGGCAGAGACGGAGCAGGAGGGGGACGGCAGCCGCGCCCCCUCCGCCCGCAGGGACCUGGCCGAGGAGAUCCAGAUGUACAUGAACGCCGUCAGCCCCCUGAGCAGCCGUGCGCCCAGCAUGGACCUCCAGAGCCCCUCCAGCCCCCUGUUCCACUCCAGCCCCUCCCCGCACAGCUCCCCCAGGCCCCCCCCGCUGGCACGCUCGCACACGCACCUCCCCCUCGUCGCCAAGCCCAGGGAACGCCUGCGGCCCUCGCCGUCGCUCCCCCUGGGGGCCUCGCACAGGGAGCGCCCGUCCUCCCUGGUGUCCCCCUCGUCGCCCAGCCUGUCCUCGUCCUCCUUCUCCAUGGACUCCCUGCUCACCCCCACCCUGGGCAUCUUCAAGAGCAGCGUCAUCUCCGCCGGGAAGGGCGUGGCCGAGAAGGCCAGCCGCCUCUACUGCCGCCUGUCCUCCCAGACAUCUCUCACACAGGAUGUGAACUACGACCAGAUCAGUGUGUCCUCCCUGACCUCAGGAGACCCAGAAUGCUCUUCUCUGUUGGAGGGUGACGCCUACCUAGAUCCCGAGGGCUUCACCUCCCCCCAGCACGGCAGCGCCUCCCGCCUCAGAAAGUCCACCCUGGACAGCAGCCCCGGCACACCUUCCAGAGUGUUCCGCCACAACUCCUUUUCCAGUGGCUUGGUCCCACCAAUCAGAGCUGCUCAAACUCCAGACUCCUCCCCAGACGCCGGCCGCUUCCACCUCAAUCACAAUCACACAGUGGAGGUGCUGAUGUCGAGCUGCUCCUGCUGCAAGACGUGCGACUGUCUGGUGUACGACGAGGAGAUCAUGGCCGGCUGGACGGCGGACGACUCCAACCUGAACACCACCUGCCCCUUCUGUGGGACUCCGUUCCUGCCCUUCCUCAACGUGGAGAUCAAGGACCUGCGGCCGCUCAGGAGGACCAGUGAGGAGAAGAACCUUCUGGAAAAAGAUGUGUCUGCUUCUUGUCAUCCGGAGACAGGAACUGAAACACCUCAGACACCCACGGCUUCUGCUGGGAUUGUGGCUGGAAAUUCACAGGCCUCAGCCCUUGCCCCAGCCUCAUCCUCAGCCCCAACUCCAGCCCCUGUGACGAUCCCUUACCUAAGCCCCUUGGUCGUGUGGAAGGAACUGGAGAGCCUCCUGGGGAACGAGGGAGAUCAGGUCAUCACAUCCCCCAGCAUUGUGGACCAGCAUCCCAUUGUCUUCUGGAAUCUGGUCUGGUACUUCCGCAGGUUAGAGCUACCGAGCAACCUGCCCGCCCUCCUCCUCGCCUCCCAGCACUUCAACCAUACAGAUCAGCCCCUUCAGAGUGUGUCGUCUGAGGACAGCAAAAAUGUGCUGGUGAGGAUCAUGUGGGAUAACCUGAAGCUGCACAAAGACCCUGUUCAGCCCUGCUACAUCCUGUGGAAUGUACAAUGUUCCAGUUCCCUGGUCCGUGCUGGAGCGUGCGAGGAGGGCCAGGUCUUCAGUGUGGAGGCCCUGCAGGCUGUCGUGAGGAGCAUCCAGAAGAGUGACGUGUACCAGCCCAUGAGCCAUAUCAUCCAGCUGCUGGGGCCCAAACUGGGCUUCCGAAGGCAGAGGAGUCUGUACAGAGAUAUCCUGUUCCUGGCUCUGGUGGCUCUGGGAAAGAAAAACAUUAGUAUCGAUGCUUUUGACCGCGAGUACAAGAUGGCCUACGACCGCCUGACAGCCAAUCAGGUCAAACUGACUCACAACUGUGACCGCCCACCAGGUGCUGGGGUCAUGGAGUGCAGGAGGACUUUUGGGGAGCUGUGUCUGUGAUAUCUCUGAUGACCUUACACACACACACACACACCUAUCCUUUCUCCCGCGCACACAAAUAUUUCCCUUCAGGCAUUUUAUCAUACUCAGGACCAUUCCAUCUGACUGACAAGGACCAAUAGGAGCCAGAGUUUAGAAGCACAAUUGGGUAGAUAUACGACAAACAGCCUGUAAAGGUGGCUCUGUUAUAGUAGAACAGUAUGCCAUGGCAAGGCUUGUGUUUUCCUGUGCAGUAUUAAGAUAAUCGCCUGUAUUUACACUAUUAUAACUAUAGUAAAUGUUUGUAUAGUCCAUUGUACAUUGUAUAUUUUUUAUGAUCAAUCUCUGGUAGCUGAUGAAUUUGUUAGAAGGUAUGUAGAAUGCAACAGUGUGGUUCUGUGUAUCAGUGGUCCUGGUGACCAUUUUGAAAUUUGUCGUGUAUGAAGGUACUUGCCUUUAGAUGUACAUAUUUUGCUCAGCACUUUUCCAAGAUUAACUUAAACUUUUGUCAUUAAUCACUCUUUUUAGUUAUGAAAAAAAUAGGUUAGGCUGUGGUCAGAGAAUGCUACGGUCUCUUUAUGGUUUGUAACCCUUGCUAAACCAGCCCUAACAACAACCCUAACAACCACUAUGGCACUGCCGCAACCUUAAAAAUGGUUCUAUUCUUCAUCUUCAGGAAGGUAUUAUUAAACAUGCUCAUACGACCCAUUAGGUUCAUUGUGUCUCAGAAACAUUUCCUAGUUUCAAUUGGAAGUGUAUUUCUUUUGUACAGACCCUGAAAGUGAUCCAAUGGUGACCCAAAACGUUUUUUUUUCUUCUAAAUCAUCCAGGCCCGAUCAUACCAAAAGCAGAAUCAGGAAAUGCAUAGUGUGUGCUUUGAGUUCAGUUGCCACAAUAUUUUCAUAAAUACAUUUGAUUUAUUGACACAUAGAUACAUCUAUAAAAGAGGAUGGUGUCUGAUAGUCUGUUGGUUUCUUAGUGUCUUGAUUGUACAGUGUCGGUGUUUCAGUGGCACAGUUCAACAAUGUAAGAGCUGUGCUCUAUUAUGUCACACAGACAAGGAAAUCAAAUCAAAUUAUUGGCUGUUAUUUGCUACAUUUACAGAAUAGGUUAUAGUAUAGCAGGAUGAAGAACUCUGAGUGUCUUGUUUACUAUUGUCAGACACAAAAAACAGUAGCAACAGCCUGUCUACGCCAAGGGAAAAUAUAUAUAUUUUUUACCUGUUUAGCUAACACUAUCCUAAGCCACACACAUACAAUGUUAUUGUACUAGGAACCUGCUGACACCUUUAACUGUUUAAGUACAGUUUUGUUGAUCUCUGUGUAGCCACUAGCCCUUGACUGACCAAAAUGUCAUGUGAUGUCCUUACCUGUUGUUUACACUGUUACUCAGUUAGAGAAAUGUUUAAAAAAAAUAUUAUUUAUAAUUUUUCACUGGAACUAAUUUCUACAUUUUAUAAAGAAAAACCUUCUUAUUAAACGUGGAUUAAAUGAGUAAUAUGUUUUGGCUGGUCCUGUG